AUCUAUAAUUUUCUGUUCUCUGUGCAGAAAUUAACUAUGCAUUUCUAUUGGACCAGCUGGAUCCUUCUGUCUUUGUUUUCUGCUUUGACAACAGAACUCAUUGUGUUGAAAGGCACUCCAGUUCUUACUGUUCAUCAGGGAAUGUCAGUCAAUAUCAACUGUAACUACAACCUAUCAAAUGACACAGAUAUCAUUUCAAUACAACUGCACAUAAAUCAUACACUGUGUUCAUUCCUUUAUGUUAACUCAUGGAAUAAUCAGUCAUGUAAAAACUACUGUCAUGACCAAAUCAGAUGCAUUUGGAUUCCAAAGACUAGAGAAGCAUCAUUUGAGCUGUUAAAUCUUCGAAUAAAUGAUACUGGUACAUACAUAUGUACUGUGAAAAGAAGUGCACCACCACCUGAAAUGAUUCUGGGAGAAGAAAGAACAAGGGUUCAAGUUAUUGCACGUCCUGUAUUGUCAAUGUCCUGUGUGAAGAUACCAGAUGGAUCAUCAAUGAUGCUGUGCAGCUCUGAGGGAUUUUAUCCUCAUUCUUUUGAACAGUUGUGGAUCAGAGAUGGAGAAAUCCUCAACAGCUCAAACUCACAGAAACACAUCAAUUACAGCACAAACCCAGCUGGAUCGUUCACUCAGAAAUCAUACCUGGAGCUGCCACCACAAAUGUUUGCUGUCACAAUCUACUCCUGCUGGAUAAACCACUCAUCCUUAAAUGAACCACUGAUGGUCAGCUUAUCAAGCUCUUCUUGUGAUGGAAAAUGGGAUGUAACUUUGACUGUGACAGUGGCGUUUGUCAUCUCUGCAGUGCUGACCCCCAUAUUGAUCAUUGCAGUCAUGUGCAAAGGAAAAGCCUGUGAGUAUCACCAGUCUGUAGAAGUGAAUGUCCCACAUGAGAAUGUCUUCCACUCUCAUCUGCAGUCUGAAGUGUUCUAUAGUCUUGCCAGUCUCCAGUUAUCUCCACACUAAACACUGACUAAAGACCAUUUACGAUGACAGACCAUCUGAUAUAUAGGCCUAGCAUUUACUACCCUGUAAACAAUUCAUUCUCUUCCUACUUGUACAGGGCCGCAUUAAGGUAUUCCGGGGCCCCAGGUCUUACAGUUUUGCUGGGCCCAGAGAUUCAGGGGGUUGUGCCCGAGGUGGAACGUUGUUACUCUAUGACCAUGUGCGACACGUCCGCAUUUCGCUGUUGCGCACCGUCUCCGUGCAGCGUUUCCCGCUGCACGCGUUUAUACCGGAUGAGUCCUCCUAGGUUUAUGUAAGAAACAAGCCGAUAAUUAAAACAUAUUUAACUUUAAAUUGGCACUUCCGUCCAGGGUUCUGAUGCUGUUUAAAAUGGCCAAACUCUCGCGUGACAUUCAGCUAUGUGAUGCGUCAACUGCUGGAAGGAAGCGUUUUUUAAAAGUUAAUAAUGUUUUAAUUUUUGAUUUAUUUUUUACACAAACAUAUCAAUUUGCUCCAGAAGACAUUUAUUGAUUGACUGGUGUCGCAUGGAUUACUUUUAUGCUGCCUAAAUGUGACAUUUGGACCGUCAAACUGCUGGCACCCAUUCACUUGCAUUAUAACAGGGGUCCCCAGACUAUGGCCCGUGGGCCGAAUUCGGCCCUCCAAAAUGCUUUGGACGGCCCGGACUGGAAACGUGAGACUGCACACUGCGGUUCACAAUAUGAUAGAUACGUAUACUUUGUUGUCAUUUGUAGGGACAUACUUAUGAUGCUUAAACAAGUCUUUUAGUAGAAUUGUUGAGACGCAAAUUUUAAUAAAUGAUAAUUAGAUUUUUUCUGAUUGUGAAUAACUGAAUAAUCAGCUUUUUCCUUGUUCAAAGGGUAAAAGACAGUCAUUUGGUGCAAUCUACUUGUGCAAAAGUGGACAAUGAACAAAUGAACUAAUCUGAACGAAUCUUUUUGGUGAACAGAUUAAAAAGACCGUCAAAAUCAAAAUUCAAAAUCAAAGUUCUUUGAGCCAAUGGAUGGAUCCACUGAUGUAAGAUGAAGUAGGCUAAAAUGUAACAUUUCACACAGGUUUUAUGUUUUUUCUUGUUAGCCUACAAUAGAAAAACAUAAUGAAAGUUCUGUUGAAAUGACUGGACCUUGACAUGCACACGUCAGUGAACAGAAAUAGCAUGUAUGCAGUGACAAAGCAGGACUACCUUAAUUAAAUUGCUAAGAAAUUUAUACAUACAGUAAAGUUACCAAUAUUAAAAUGAUGUUCUGUGAAUGGAUUUAAUUGUAAAAAUUAAUCCAUAUAAUAAAAGCAGAAUAAUAAUCUCUGUGACAAAAAUACCUUAGGCUAUUCUGGCCCCCCUUGAAAACACAGCCAAAAAAAGCAAAUGGCAGCAAAACGUUUGGGGACCCCUUCAUUAUUAGGACCUGACAGAGCUCUAUCUUCUUCUAAAUCUCUUUAUAUGUGUUCUGUUGAAGAAAGACAGUUAUACACAUCUAAUGAGUGAAUUUUCAUUUUUGGGUGAACGAAUUCUUUAAGCCUAGGUUAGCAUGUGCAUUAAUGCGGCCUUGUACUUGUAAUCUAUUUUCCAUUUUAUCUAUUCUAAACACUCCAUAGACUGUCAUUGUUACAAGUACCUCUUUUGAUGAACUAAGUGCAAAAAGUUGAGAAAUAAAACUUUUUUAUUAUGUUGGUGAGGCUAUCCUUAUGAGGACUCUUCAUAGACAUAAUGAUUUUUAUACUGUUUGAACUAUAGAUUAUAUCCCCUAACCCUAACCCUACCCCUAAACCUAACUCUCACAAAAAACUUUCUGCACUUUUACAUUUAAAAAAAAAAAAACAUCGUUUAGUGUGUUUUUAAAGCGAUAUGAAUUAUGGGGACACUAGAAAUGUCCUCAUAAACCACAUUUAUAGCAUAAUACCCUUGUAAUUACAGUUUGUAACCAAAAAAAUGUCCUUGUAAACCACCCAAACCCACCCACACACACACACACACAGUGGGUUUUCAACAAGUUUGUCAUAUUAGUGAGGACAUUUUCAAAAUUUCGGCACUCAUAAAUAUAGUGAAACCUGUAUACACACACACACACUUUCACACACACACACAGUCCCUGCAUCAAAGCUAAUAAACAUGUAU